GGGGGUACCGCACUGUCGUUACGAGUCCAAGUGGAGAAGGCAGGAGGAGAGACGCAUUAUUGCAGUAGCCUACAGUGCCACAGCACUUCACACGGGCGAAACUACCGCACUUCCCACAAGACGCACCUCUGUCUGCGCAGGGAGAACGCGAGAGAGAGGUGGGGGUGACAGAAUCAAAGACGGACAACUGAUUUCUCAUGACUGGACUUUUUAUCCCUUCAUUUUGAAAUUGCACGCAUUUGCAAGUAUCUUAGUAGAGGCAACUCAACAACAAGCCAAUCAGUGCUGCGCUGUAGCAUCCAGGAGCAGCUCUAUAAGGACUCAGCAUCGCCCGGAGGAGCUGCAUGCAGCCCUGCAAGAAUAUGAGCAUCCGUGGAUUUCUCUUGAAUGGAUUACUAAUUUAGAAGUACUUUUCUCUUGAGCUCGCAUCGCUUCUCCUUCACUUCCUGCUCUCCAGUCCAGUCACACAGUGAAUUAUCACCCGGCCCGUUUACGUGUGUCGGUAUAUUGCGGUACUUUGCUGACGACUUGCAAUAUAAAUGCAUCGCUAGAAGAUCGGCUCCACUGCGCCAAGACCCGCUGCCUCUGUUUACUGUUAGCACUUCAAUAACUCUGCUUAUUGAAAAUUUGGACUUUCGUUUGGACCAGUGACUAGAAAUUCUCGUCUCGUUUUUUUCUGUUUUCUUGCAGUUUUUUUUUCUCGUGUUGUACUUCAGACCCUCCCUCUCCACCUCACAGCCCUCACCCCCUCCUCCGCUGCCCGUGAGUCAGUUCAAACAGCUGCAUAGAAGAUGUCUGCCCCAGAUGCCGCUGCUCCAGGUGGAGCCCCCGGUGCUCCGGGAGCCCCUGGUGCAGAUGGAGCCCCAGGCGGCGCACCUCCUGGCCCACCCAACACCUCCAGCAACCGCAGGCUACAGCAGACACAGGCCCAAGUCGAGGAGGUGGUGGAUAUCAUGCGAGUGAAUGUGGACAAGGUUUUGGAAAGGGACCAGAAGCUUUCAGAGCUGGAUGACAGAGCGGACGCUCUCCAAGCCGGAGCCUCCCAGUUUGAAAGCUGUGCAGCUAAGCUAAAGAACAAGUACUGGUGGAAGAACUGCAAGAUGAUGAUCAUGAUGGGUAUCAUCGGAGUCAUUGUGGUUGGAAUAAUAUUCUUGUACUUCUUCUACUGAGCUCAGCCCAUCAAUACAGAUGGAUAUGGACUUGAGAAUGAUAUGAAAGGGAAGAGAAAAAAAAGAUACCCAAGCGCCACUCCUCCCCUUUUAUCCAUCCUCUCCUUCCUCUCUACACACAGUCUUCCAUCAAACCAUCUUGCACUUAAACAUGACAGUAGUGUUUAUAGGUGUGUCUGCUCUCUUUGUCCCCCUCUCCCUCCCUUCUUGUUGCUUUCUUCCACUGUUUUAAGUCUCACUCACUCUCUCCUGUCUGCACCUCAUGUAUUAUUGAAGGACGCAGCAGGCGGAGUGAAAGAGGAAGAAAGCAAGGGAAGGAGGGAGAGAGAAAAUUCUUGUGACACGGAAACACACGGGGCUAAGCCCUCUGAACGAUGCCAUGGGGGGAGAUGUACAAUGUACAGAAUGUGUGCAGGGAGAUUGAUCAAGAGUUUGCAGUCCUUUCUACCACAGAUAUACGCCAAAGCUUGUUGAUUUUACCUUUUUUGAGAAUCCUACAUUUGUAAUUGAUACUGACAUGCCUAACUAACACAAUCCUUCUCUCACAACUGCUACCAUCAUUGCUACUUACUAAUACAAGGUAAUGUUAGAUUAAAAUUAGGAGCAUUUUUGUUGUAUGUGUGUGUGUGUGUGUGUGUGAGUGUGUGUGUGUAUUGGUGAUCCAAAGCAUUGUAGCCAGUAGCUUUUUCCGAGUUUAGCUGAUAGGCUUUUAUUAAUAAUAACUUUUUUGUUUCCUUUCCUGCCUUACUUUCUGCAACGUUCAGUAAUGACAAUGAGAGAAAAAGGGAAAGAGACUGUGUGCGAGUAUAAGGAAAGGAAGAAGUGAGUCACGGAAAAGUAAUAAGCAUUCUUUCCUGGUAUUAAUAAGACAAACUUCCUAAAUGCUAAUUUUGGACUGAUAAGCAAUUAUUGAUAAAGUCGUAUAACUAUGCUUCAUUUUACCUUGGCUUUUGUACCACAGGUGGGGGCAAAAUAGUAGUGUUAUGCUUAGUGGCAUAGGGAUAUGCACAGCAAAGCAAACAGCCACUAACAGACAAUCUACACGUGAACUGACCCAGAGGAAGGUCUCUUAACUCUGACUUGGACAGAGUCACAGCCAUAGACAGAUGAAUGUGGAACAUCACAUUUAUUGUAAAAUAAAAUUUGUUUUGGAAGUUGUGCAGACAAAGUGUUUGUUUGAUUGUUGUUUAAGUUGGCCUGAUCUUCAAAAAGCAGGAAAAUGGGAGAAAGGACAUGAUUUAGAAACCCAGAGCCAACUGGCCCUCCCAUUCCUAUCCCCUUCAGUCACAUUAAAACAGACUCCCCUGUCACCUGCAGUAUGGUAAUGGCCAAAAUGAGGUGUUCGUUUCUAACCUGCAUGGCAAACCGUGUCCAUAGUUUUGCCUAUUUGUGUGAUCUGUGUAUCUGCCAUUUCUGAAUCUAACUGCCGAUUGUACAUUUUAUUUGGUUAGUGGUUUAAACGACUUGUGUAUAAUGUCUUUCUGUUCUGAUAAUUACUGCUUAUGCAAUGCAAUGAUGCUCAAGAGUUUGCCAAAUGGUGUUAAUUUCAUUUGCUUUUGAGAUAAAAACAUUCAGAGAUGGCAAACAACUGCUACUAUAAUGAAGUGUUAAAAACAUGUAGUGGAUAUAACAAUAGUACACAUAGCUCAGAUUAUGAUCCUGAAAAUGUGUUUACAAAUUCUUUCAGGUUUUUUUUCGGGGGGGGUUGUUCGAUAUAAAAGAAAGGUUAUUUUCCUCUCUUCGGACUGAUUUUGAGGGUUGAUAAAAUUGAGAUGCAUAAAUGUAGCAGUUAGUUAUAAUUAUCUGAUGCUAUUGUGCAGCAAUAUUAUUAGGUAAUUAUCACCAUAUAAGAUUUGAGAACGUGUUUUGUGAUUUACAACUUGGAAAUGCAGUUAAGAUAAUGCAAAUGGAUUUGCAGAAACAAAUGCAUGCUUACCACUUUUGCUGAUGCCAAUAAAGAAAUCAUCAAAAGAA